AUGUCAGUAGAUCAGACAAUAUCUGAGCUUAGCCAAACUUUGGCACAAUUAGGGUCAUUAGUGGGACAUAUCAAUGGGCAGAUUAAUGGAAUUACAAGUAGGAUAAAUGUAACUUUAGACAAUUUUGAUUUGGCGGUAGCCAAUAUAGCAAAAGACGCCGGAUCUGUUACAUAUCAAGUUGGUGAUUCAGUCUCUCAGGUUCCAAAUUCUUGGGUCUUCUAUGUAUUAUUUAUCUCGUUAACUGCUGUUUUUGUGUUAGGAGCAGUCCUUAUAUUACUGCUUCUCAUUGUGAAAUGUCAUGCUGUCUAUACGAUCAUGCGAUCGAAAGAAGGGGGAGAUCGUGCUUUAAUCAUACCUCGGGAUGAUACUUCGUCAACAUAUGAUCAGAAAACGCCUUCUGUGGCCAUAACCCCAUAUAGUCAUCAGUUGCAAUACCCAUCAAGAACCGGUGGAUCUGUUCCACACGUGGGCAUCACUAUGGAGAGUGAACCACGCAGACCUGGAAUCAGGAGAGUUUCUGAUCAAGCCAGCGCAAUAGAAGAAACUCCAAGACCAUAUCAGCGACGUACUGAUGAUAUCAAUGGAGCAAAAUACAACCUGGAGACAGGAACAACAUCAUAUACCAGAAGCUUGGAAGUCUAG